UCAGAUAACCAGGCAACCAAUGAAACUGGUAGGGCUAGAUGGCAUCCUCUCAGCCUCGCCCAAUUGCAUCAUUUGCAACGAAAUCAGAGGCGUAGACACGCAAAAACUUUAAAAUUAAAGCACUUGACUGGGCAACCUGCCUGCUAGCAUCAAAUCAAAUUGCUAUAAUUCUUUAUAGUUGCAUCGCAAACAAGGAGACAAUAACGAGCAUGAAAGAAAUGGCGGAAACGACGAUAACAGAGGAUGUUUAUGACGAUUCAUACGAGGAGAAACCGGGCCCAAAACCUCCUGUCCAAAUCGUAUGGAGAAACGUUAUAUUAAUGUCCCUAUUGCACCUAGGAGCUCUUUAUGGUCUGACGAUUCUUCCAUUUGUCUCUUCCUUAACGCUGAUCUGGACGGGAGUGUGUUUCAUGGUAAGCGCUCUAGGAAUAACUGCCGGCGCCCAUCGCCUUUGGAGCCACAGGUCCUACAAAGCCUCAUUGCCAUUACGAAUCUUCCUAGCAACUGCAAACUCUAUGGCUUUUCAGAAUGAUAUCUAUGAGUGGGCCAGAGACCAUCGUGUCCAUCACAAGUUUUCUGAGACUGAUGCGGACCCGCACAAUGCCCACAGAGGUUUCUUCUUUUCUCACAUCGGCUGGCUGCUGGUCCGCAAACACCCAGAGGUUAUUGAGAAAGGACGCAAACUGGAGCUGGCUGACCUAAAAGCAGAUGGGGUCGUAAUGUUUCAGAGGAGGCAUUACAAGUCAUCUGUGGUGGUGAUGUGCUUUCUCAUCCCCACAUUUGUACCUUGGUUCUUUUGGGAAGAGAGUCUUUGGACCAGUUACUUAGUUCCUUGUCUGAUGAGAUAUACUGUGGUCCUUAAUGCGACCUGGCUGGUCAACAGUGCAGCUCACAUGUGGGGAAUGAGGCCCUAUGACCACAACAUCAAUCCCAGAGAGAACAAGUUUGUUGCCUUCAGUGCCAUCGGUGAAGGAUUUCACAACUAUCAUCACACAUUCCCCCAUGAUUAUGCUACAAGUGAGUUUGGCAGUCGGCUGAACGUGACCAAAGCAUUUAUAGAUCUCAUGUGUUUCUUUGGACUGGCCAAGGAUUGCAGGAGGGUAACUCGUGAGACUAUCAUGGCCCGUGUUAAACGCACCGGUGAUGGCAGCCACAAAAGUGGUUGAUUUGUUCAGUACAUAUCAGAAAACAAAACAAAAAAAGUUAUAAGACAACAUAUACAAAAGCAUUUGCAGCAUUUCGUAGUGAGCAUUGAAGAUUGAUCUAUAUACACUCUCAUUUUAAAUAAAAUCUCUAGAGUGUGUUGGA